CGGAUGACUAGCUUAAUCUCCUGUGUAUCAUGGGUCAAAAGAGGUGUUUCUGCCCAGCAUCCAGAAAAAUAUGUCCUAGAUGACAAGGAGUUGGAGCGAGUUAGCGCACUUGCUCGCAUGGAGCUCGAGGAUGCUAAGAAGGAGCUUGAACGAGCUCACAAAGCUGCUGCAACAAUGGGCAAGGGUGCUGAGGGGGAGGAAGCUGAUGAUGAUGCCGGAGAAGAUGAUAACGCAAAUGCCUGGGUAGAUGAAGAUGAAGAUGUCAUGAACGAAGACAUCGAUAUGGGCGAUGGUUCAGUGCCAAAGACCGAGGCGGACGAGCUGAAGCAGUAUGACCUCGAAAAUUACGAUGAGGACGGCGCCACACCAGCUAUGGGACCAUUCAGCAGUGUCAAAGGCCUUACGUACUAUCGCAACAAUGAUGAGGAUCCGUAUAUCACGUUGAAGGAGGAUGACGAAGAGGAAGAGCGAAAGGAGCUUGAGAUUCUGCACACCGACAACCUACUCGUGACUGCCAAGACUGAGGACGAGAUUUCGCAGCUAGAAGUCUAUGUCUAUGACGAGUCCGAAGAAAAUCUCUAUGUACAUCACGACUUCAUGCUUCCCUCGUUCCCGCUGUGCCUCGAAUGGCUUGACUUCCCCCCUGUCACGUCACCAUCAGCACAAGUGACGGCCGAUAGACCAGCGAAACAAUUCGGCAACUACAUCGCCGUGGGUACAAUGGAACCCGAGAUUGAAAUCUGGUCACUGGAUACUAUCGAGGCCAUGUACCCGGAUAUGGUGCUCGGUCGUCCAGACAAGACCGCUGCGCACGUCCCUGUACCUAUCGGUACUGGCAAGAAGAAGCGUAGGAAGAAUAAAGCUCGCGCCACUUCCUCCGCCUACCACGUCGAUGCUGUUAUGUCGUUGUCAUGGAACAAGACCCACCGAAACCUCCUUGCUAGUGCCUCCGCAGAUCAGACGGUCAAGUUGUGGGAUCUCAGCCGAGAUCCAACGAUCAGUGACGAGGGCGAGGAAGGGCAGGGUGCUUUGCGGAGCUUCUCAACACACAAAGACAAGGUUCAGUGUGUCCAGUGGAACGACAAGGAGCCGACGGUGCUACUCACCGGUAGCUACGAUCGCACGGUACGAGUGUUUGACUCCCGAGCACCCGAUGCCGGCGUUGGUGCUAUGCUUGGGGCCGAUGUCGAGGCCUUGCGAUGGGACCCAUGGGAGUCGCAUUCGUUCUACGUCUCGCUAGAGAAUGGCAUUGUCUUGAACUUCGAUGCACGGACACUGCCAUUGAACCUUCGCCAACCGUCACCGGCACGGUUCACGCUGCAGGCGCACGAUGGCGAGGUUUCCUCGCUCGAUGUCAACCCGCACAUUCGCGGCUGCAUCGCCACCGGCGGUAAGGACAGGGUGGUCAAGAUCUGGAAUAUCACGGAGGACGCAGACUUGAACAAGCGUCAAGUCAGCCUGGUUACUUCAAGAGAUCUCGGUGUGGGCAAGGUGUUCUCCGUCGUUUGGUCACCGGACGAUCCUCUAACACUCGCAGCUGCGGGUUCCAAAGCGAAGCUGCAAGUGUGGGACGUUGCCGCGAAUGCCGACGCACGCAAGGUGUUCGGCAGCAAACUCGCGGAAGCUGGUCGGACGGUCAAGGAAAAGGCCGCAGGUGGAGCUAUUGGUGUUGAGAGCGACGACGAGGGGAGCAGUGGCGACGAGGCAGAGGAGUAGAUUUUCCAUCAUACACUAUGAGACAUGGGCAUGCGCGAUUUCCCUGCUGCGCUUCAAUAUGUAAAUUCUAUCAAAUC